GAUAGUUGUCAAGUCAUCGAUUAACCAAAUAUCAUAAGGUACAUAACCAUAUUUUGUAGCGCAAUUAGGGUCUUAAAAACAUAUUCGGCAUUCGUUUACAAACCCAUUGACAGCAAACAAAUCUUAACUGAGUUAUUUAUCAAGAAAAAAAACGCAACUCUGUAUCGCGCAAAAUCCAAAACAGCGCAAACGUGGCAGUGGUGGCAACACUGGGAACGCCGGCCAUGUAACGUAAAAUAACGUAAAAUAAAGGUGGAACGUAGACACGUGUUUUAUUCGUGGAGUCAAUUUUUCGUAAUUUAAGCGGCGAAAAGCGGUGAAAAUAGUGCAAAUCGUUACGCAAAAGAACACUGAGCCACACGUACUUGAAAAUUAAUAAAAACAAGCAGCAUAAUAAGUUACCAAAGCGGUUCCAAAAGAUCCUUCAAUAUUCAGCGAAAAUGGUAUCCGGUCGUCCUCUACUCUACCUGUCACUGCCCGGUGUAGCAUUUAUACUCGGCGUCUUUUGGUUUCGGCGUAGAAAUAAAAAUCGUUUAGACAAGCCCGAUGACGAGGACAACGGCACACCCUACGCCCAGGCCGCCCCCGUUGAGGAGACGGUCGGGGAGCCGCGCAAGGCCAACGGCGUCCUUCAGAACGGCAAGCUGCCCCAGCCGGCCACCAAAUCGAUGAACAUCAACGGGACUAUAGCCAACGGGAGCAUCAGCAGCGGUGGCAGUGGCAGCGGCAGCGGUAGCGGCAGUGACGAGCGGGAGAGCCCCAACACGAUGCUGUACGGCAAGUCGGCGCCCAUCAAGAUCCAGAGCAACGGACGCACCCCGCCCGGCAAGCACCAGCAGCAGAUCGACUCCGAGAUGCUCAAGUCGAAGAUCCAGGACGCCGAACACAAGAAGCUCUGCUCCAUCGACGAGGACUUCGAGAACCUGUCCUCGCCGCGCGACCUCCCCGACUCGGUGAACAACCGGGUCUCCUUCCACAAGCGCAAGACCAACAGCAAGACCGUCGAGCCGGUGGUGAUCAAGGCCACCCGCACCCCCAAAAUAUCGCCGGAGAACUCGUUUCUGGACACCAACUACACCACCACCGCCCCGACAACUGCCGGCAGCGAGUGUGAGCAGAACAACAACUGUGAGCCCAAGUCCGAGGUGGUGGUGCCGGCCAAGAAGGAGGAGCAGCUGGCCCAGCAGAAGGAGCAGGUGGACGAGCAGCAGCAGCAGCAGCAGCAACAGACCGAACUGGACGUGGACAGCAAUGGGAACACAAACCAGAAGCGCAACGUGGACGCGGCCAGCCCCUCGCUUAGCAUCUGCAGCGUCCAGUCGGGCGACUCCGGCAAGGGAUCCAGCCUGCCGCGAUCGGAGGCGACACGGGCAAAGACCAGCUACGAGUUCCUCUUCCCCAACAGUCUGAUCGGCCAGCUGUACGGCCGGAAGCGCAUGUUCAUCAACCAGAUCAAGUCGAAGACCCUGGCCAAUGUGGUGCUCAGCAAGAAUCCGUACUCGGCCAAGGUGCGCAUCUGCACCAUCGAGGGCACCGACAGCGAGAUCGACGCCGCCCUGGCGAUGAUCCGCCAGCGCCUGCCCUCCAAGCGGUAUCCAAACUUUACGAUGCAACGCAUCCACUUUGCCCUGCCGCAGACCAUAGUUCCUCUUUCGACAGAAAGCCUCAACAACCUACAACUGAAACUGAUCGAGGGCAUCAACAACGACGUGGUGGUGAGUGCGGUACUGUCCGGGUCGCACUUCUUCGUCCAGCACCCGCUCCACCCCUCGCACCCAUCGCUGCCCAUGCUGCAGAAGCAGCUGUACGAUAGCUACUCCACGAUGGAGGCCCCCCCGUUGCCCAGCCUUGAGAUCAGCGCCGUGUGCGUGAUCCCCAUCAACGGAGUAUGGUAUCGCGUCCAGAUCGUUGACGUUGAUCCCGAGGACGAGGAGCGCUGUGUGGUCAGGUUCCUUGACUUUGGCGGCUACAUGAACGUCGGCUUCAGUCUUCUGCGCCAGAUACGCGCCGACUUCAUGUCCGUGCCCUUCCAGGCCACCGAGUGUAUACUGUCCAACGUGGAGCCGAUCGGUGAUAACUGGUCCAUCGAGGCGGCCGAGAUCCUCAACCAACUUACCAAAGGCAUUGUCUUGCAAGCACAAGUCGCCGGCUAUAAUAGUCACAACAUACCAGAAGUCUAUUUAUUCGCUUCCCUAGGUCCCAAUAAUGUUAUCUUUAUCAAUAAGGAACUGGUCGCCCGAAAUCUCGCCAAGUGGGUGGAGAUUCGUGACUAACAGCCUUCGUGAACAACUCAACUAGCAAUCAAGCAGAACUAUCUAUAUAUCUAUAUACAAACAAGACCCCAAAAGAGCGAACUUAAGCAGCAAUCAACACUCGAACCAGCAACAACUAAAAACCAAGCCAAUCUCUGCGAGAUGCGAAAAAGAAACAUAGAAGAAAGGAGGGACACUGCUUGGAGUCUUGUGCCCCGGCAGCCGAAUAUUGCGUAGUGGAUCAAGGAUCAAGGAUCAUGGAUCAAGGAUCGUGGAUCAUGGAUCAUGGAUCGAAUCGCCAGCGCCAGCGCAAAGGCCCCCAAAGACACACACAAAUCGUUAUGUUCGUUAAGUUGUAUCACAAGAAAAAUUGCGACUGAGCCUAGAAAAAGGAUAAAUGAGAUGAUAGCCCUUGAAUCGUACAUAAAAAAGAGUAAAAAGUAAAAAUACAAAAAAAAGGAUAGAUACACACACGCAUAUAUGUUUAAGAUCGCCCACUAACACCCACCCACACACACACACACACACACACACACACACACACACACACACACACACACACACACACACACACACACACACACGCUCAUACACUCACCCACACCCGUGCAUAUAUGUAUGUGAGGCAAUGGUUUGUUUGUUGACUGCCCAGGAUUUGGACCAGAAGGACAUCGGAGCGAGAUCCGGGGGGGAAGUCAUUAUUAGCUUUUUGGUAGGGCCAUCAAACAGACCGCUUAAGAUAUUAUCAUACUCAGUUUGUAAGUAGGCAUACCUAGUGUAAAUAGAUUUUUUUUUAUAAAUUUUACGAAAUUCGACAAAUAACUAAAAGCAACUAAAAAUACACCCCCCAAACUAGCUAUCCACUAUGCCCACUACUUAACCCAUUAAAGUCAGUCGUUCAUGUAAAGAAUUGGAGGAAUAGGAAUCGAGGAAGGGAAGCUUAGAUUUUGGAAAUUUUAAAUGUUCUGUUGGCCUGUUGGUUUCUAAGAGAUAACAAUGUAAAUAUAUAGUGUAGGGUCUAUUAUUUUUGUAAACACAAUUGUGAGGAGGGGGAGUUCUUGAUCGGUCAUUAUUUUAACAAUAUCUGAUUGUGUGUAGUUUGUCGAGACAGGAGCUUUCGUUCAGCAGCCUUUUAAGCCGAGACGAGUACAAGAUUACUUCGAAGUUCGAACCGAAAAGCAAUAGCCGGAGGAUAGCGAGGAUGAGGAGCACUGAGCCACCACAAAUGCCUAAAACAAAUAUUCAAAGUCGAGAAGCAGACAAAUGAAACGUUAAAAUUCAAUAUAUAUAUAUUAUAGUAUAUAUAUGCGUGUGUGCCAUUGUUAGUCAGAAGCAGCCAAGCAACCAAGCAACAAGCAAACAUAUAACAUGUAGAUUUGUGUGUUCCCCUCGAUCCCCAUUGUAAAUAAAAGAAUCAAACACAAAUGCAACCUUUUGACAGCUAAUAUUAGAUGGUAGGCGGUAGAUGGUAGAUGAUGUGUGCAAAAGACAAGAAUCGAACAAUAAUUGUUGAGAAGCCUCCAAAUGCCUUUCAAGACAAACACUCUCUAGAGUCUAGACAGAAGGAUGUUCAUCGCUUAUAGUUACCAAUUAUGGGUGUCUAGUGGGGAAGAGAUGUAGGAAGUCUUGUUCCAAGUUCAGCACACAACACACAACACACAACACACAAAUGAACCAAAACACAACAACAUAAGAAACAGCACACCAACAAUAUUAAAAGUACUAUACACCAAUGAAAUAAUUCACCAACACCCCAACCCAAAUACCAUGUUAUUACACAUAUUUAUUUUUUGUUGAGAAGAGAAAAGAUUUUAAUUUAAAAAGCAAAAGGUAUAUAUAUAUAUAUAUAUAUAUAUAUAUUUUAAAUCAGCAGACAACGGAUAGAUUAGAAUAUUAUUUGAGUUGAAAGUUCAGUAGUCGUCGUCAUUGUUCUCAUCGUGGGCUAUUCAGUAAUUUAGUUAAUAAAUAUAACGUACAAGUGAUGAUUAUACAUAUAUAUACAUAUAUACAGACUAUGGAAUAUAUAUCUUCGAUACUGUCAAUUGGAAGACUCUGCUCUUAUGACUAUCAUUAUCAUUAUGAUUAUUAUUAUUACAAGCACACUCUUUUCCUGUUCUUAGAUCUUUCGUGUGUAAUUAAUUAACCCUUAUUUGCUAAUUAUGACUAAUUUAAAGUAAUUGAACCUUAUUAUUGUUAUCCUACACCACCCCCACACACUGUAGUGCAAAUUCGUAUAAAGAAAUGUUUUGUUUUUAUGUUUCCCCUUCGAGAAAUUUAAUUGAAAUUUGCGUUAAAAAAGGUUAAGUGAAAAAAAAGAAAACUAGUUAAGCCUAUGGAACUUUACUUAUGUUUAUUAUUAUUAUUAUUAUUAUUAUUAUUAUUAUAGUUAUUGGUUACCUCUAUUCAAAUACAUAUGCAGAUGCUUACUUUAGUCCCAAGAGUCAUAAACAAAAUUGUAUUCGCCAACUCGGUUCUCGGUCUCGGUCUCGGUCUCGGUGUCCUUCUCGACUUCAUUGUAGACUCGUCACUUGUACUGAAAUAAUUGUUGAUAAACCGAUUAACUGACUAAUUUUAUAUAGAUGUAACGCAGACACAACCGACAUGAUGUAGAGCACAUAUUGAAACUAAAGCCUAAAACUAAACUAAACUUAAUGGAUGGAGUCGAGUCGAGUCCUUUGUCGAAAUGAAUAUCAUCCUGUGUGUGUGGUACUUGAUUUACUUUUUUUUUUUUUCUUAUCUAGUAAUGCUGAGAGAGACAUGAGAGUUACGAAUAAGAUUUAAUUUAUAGACGCAUUCAAGUGAGAAUAAUUUACAAAAACUAGUUAUUAACUAAAUAUAAUGCAAGUACAUUAAAAUAAAACAUUAUUGAAAAGUAA